AAGCCACAACUCAUGUCGAGGAGCCCGCCGCUCACUCCCGAGGGGAGAGAAACCGCCCAAAUGGCGUGCGUCGCCGCGCUCCUCGCUUCCCCGGCGCUCCUCCCCUUCCCCUCCACCGCCUCAUCCACGGCCACGUCCUCCUGCUCCCGCCCCGCCGUCGUCGCCCGCGCGCCGCGCCAGCAGCCGCGAGGGCGACGCGCGCUCCGGCGCUUCGAUGAGGUGGAAGGGGUGUCGAAGAAGCGGCGCGGCAUCGGAGGAGGAGCCAGCGGCGCUGCGGGGUCGCAGGCAUCGUCGCCGCGCAGGGACAGGGGGCUCGCCGUCGACUUCAAGGAGUCGCAGGUUGCUGAGUUUGAAGAUCUUGAAGAGGACAAAUUCCUUAAUGUUGUUGUCAAGGUUGCUGGUGACACAUUGCUUGGUUUAUAUGAGAAAGAGAGAUUAGGUCUCUCACAAUAUGCGGACGAGUCUGAAGAAGAGACAUAUUGGGAAACCUUGGAUGCUGAUUUGCGCUACUGGACCAGAUCACUGCGCCCAGUGCAGUGGUAUCCUGGUCACAUUGCAAAAACGGAGAAGGAAUUGAAGGAACAGUUAAGGCUCAUGGAUGUUGUCAUAGAGAUCCGUGAUGCUAGGAUUCCCUUGUCCACCAGCCACCCUAAGAUGGACUCCUGGCUAGGCAACCGGAGAAGGAUCAUAGUCUUGAAUCGUGAGGACAUGAUCUCAACUGAGGACAGGAAUGCAUGGGCUACUUACUUUGCUAAUCAGGGCACCGAAGUUGUCUUCGCCAAUGGGCAGCUGGGCAUGGGUACAAUGAAAUUAGGUAGGAUGGCAAAAUCAGUAGCAUCUGGUGUGAACACAAAGCGAAAGGAAAAGGGACUACUUCCUCGUCCGGUUCGAGCUGGAAUAGUUGGAUAUCCAAAUGUUGGCAAAUCUUCCUUGAUUAAUCGCUUGCUGAAACGAAGAAUGUGCCCAGCAGCACCUAGACCAGGUGUCACAAGAGAGCUUAAGUGGGUUCAUUUCGGAACAGACCUAGAGUUGCUAGAUUCACCUGGAAUUUUGCCUAUGCGAAUUAGUGACCAGACAGCUGCAAUUAAGCUUGCUAUAUGUGAUGAUAUCGGAGAAAGGUCAUAUGAUUUCCCUGAUGUGGCCGCAAUUCUUGUACAAAUGUUGAUAAGACACCCUGCAGUAGGUUCAGAAGCGCUUUGAAGGCGAUAUAGGAUUGAUGUAGACAACGACUGUGGUAAAAUGUUUGUCACAAAGCUCUCUAUUCACUUGUUCAAUGGAGACACGAACCAAGCAGCUUUCCGCAUAUUGUCAGAUUAUAGGAAAGGCAAAUUUGGUUGGGUGGCGCUCGAGAGACCUCCAGCAUAGCAAUGGAGAUAUCAGAUAAUUUUAGAUGCUAGAGAUGUGCUUGUUCAUAGUACAACACAAUGUAGUGUUCUCUGUCGCUUUGUGGCACAAUUGUAGGACAGUUUUUCCUGCCCUUGUAUACAAUGAAUUAAAGACUAGACAUCUAAAGAAGCAACAUAUCAGAAAUGCUGCUGCUGUUACUUGGCAGUCCAGAGCAAUCGAGCUGUGUAUAAUCACUUGAUUGAGCUCACUGUUACGGAAGUUUGAGAAGCGAAAGAAGGUUGCAGCGAUGCCUUUUUAGUUGCUUGUGUGUACUUCUGAAUGAUCUGUUAAAUGGGGGCACCGAGGUUAGGUUUCGGGCUCUGAGAAUAGAUGUCCUCUACAGUAUAUGGAGAUGCCGGGCAUCGAAACCAUUUAAGCCAAGUGGCCAUGAAAAUUUAGGACAUCUAGAUCCUUUUACCCCCUUUUUUCAAAACUUGCACUUUCCAUUUCUUGUACAGGUAGACACGACAUAAUUUUCACAACAUUUUUUCCUAUAACGAUACCAUCUUUGCUACCACCAGUUUUGCAGCUCCAAUGACAGAUUGCUAGUUUCUCACCA